GGCCGGUUAGUCUGGGUUCGCCGCUUGACGCCUCAAGAACCUCAACUCUCCGCAGUUGCUUAGAAAACCUCGCGGCCACGAUCACGUGGAUAAAAUCGGAACACUUUGCCAAAUCUGCCAGCAGUCGCGGAAGAGAGACCUGCCGGGAAGCAGCACAACAGCAGUCAGCACCUACCACCUCCACCGGGGGACUUGAUCGAACGAAACGAAACGAAACUCCAAAAGGGAAGAGGGAGUGUGCGCUUGGUGUGGGUCACAACGUGAUUGUAACUUGCCAAUUUGGGCAGUUUGUCGGGGUCCGUCGUCGAGUGUGGUCAAAUUUGAAUAUCUCUUUAAGAGUAGCAGUUUGUUGGCAGUUUCCUUUGAAAGUGAUCGAUAGUGUGAGGGGUUAGUGGAGUGGCCAUGCGUGGCAGUGAACAGCUGUAACAAGCUAGCGAAGAUCCCAACUAUUUUAUGCCGAUCAACUCCUGGCGGGUAGUGGUCAAUUCCGAUCAGUGGCAAGUGAAAAUGACGGUCGAGUCGAACCUGCGCUUCCUCGGCGUUCGCGACCAGAACCAAAACAUGAAGAAAUCACCGGCAACGACCAACGGCGAGAUCAAGAUGGACAAAGCCAUCCUGAACGACCCGAACAACAACGAGACGAUCCUGGGGGAUGACGCCAACAUCACCGAAAAGCAGGUGGACGAGUACAUCGAGCAUUACAACAAGUGGAAGCAGUCGGAGCUCGGCCAUCGGCUGACCGCCAUCCUGCGGGACAAGUUCGGCUACACCUUCGACGCAGAAAUCAAAUGGAACAACGUGUUCAUGAUUGGAAUAUUUCAUGUGAUCGCGAUCGCGGCCUUCUGCAAAUACGUCUUCAACGCAACCAUCGUUACGUAUGUUUGGGGUUUCUUCAUUGGAGGUUGUGCCGGGUUUGGGGUGACGGGAGGUGUCCACAGACUCUGGUGCCAUCGAGCUUACAAAGCAAAGCUGCCGCUACGGAUCAUCCUGGCGUGCUGUUACUCGAUCGCCGGCCAGAACACCAUCUACGACUGGGUGCGCGAUCACCGGAUCCACCACAAGUACUCGGAAACGAACGGCGACCCGCACAACUCAAACCGGGGCUUCCUGUACGCCCACGUGGGUUGGCUGAUGCUGCGAAAACACCCGGAGUGCAUCAAGAAGGGUCGCUUGAUCGACAUGUCGGACAUCGAGGCCGAUCCGGUGGUGCAGUUCCAUCACAAACACUUCGUCCUGAUGAAGAUCCUGUUCUGCUUCUUCCUGCCGACGUUCAUCCCGUGGUACUUCCUGGGCGAGGAUUUCUGGCUAGCUUUCCUGAGCCAGUGCUUCGUGCGGUACGUGCUGUCCCUGAACUUCACGUGGCUAGUCAACAGCGCCGCCCACAUCUUCGGCAACCGGCCGUACAACGAGAACAUUCAACCCGUCGAGAACAAGUUGGUAUCGGUGGUGGCCAUGGGCGAAGGUUGGCACAACUAUCACCACGUGUUUCCCUGGGACUACAAGGCGGCCGAGCUGGGCAAGUACUCCGUCAACGUGACCACAUUCUGGCUGGACUUUUUCGCCAAGAUUGGCUGGGCGUACGACCUGAAGGAACCGUCGAAGAACCUUGUCCGGAGAACGAUCAUGCGCUUUGGUGACGGAACGCAUCCCAUGAGCCCAAUUGAGGACCUAGAGGAGGUCCCAUACCCGGAGGACGAAGCCGAUGAACAUCGGGCUCGCUAAACCGUGGCAGACCAUAUCUGAAGGUUUCCUUGUAAUGAUCGAUCGAUCACGUGAUCAACCGCACAGUGUGGUUCUAGGGAAUAGAAUUAGGAUUUUUUUUCGACAUUUUACGUAACGCAAGAAUUGCAAGCUGAUUUGAAUUGUGCGAGGCAUUAUCAUCAAUACGAGACCACCGUUUUCGAUCGACCUUGAUUUUUGAAUACAAAACGUUGCACCUCACUCUGAGGCUGGUACUUGCUUUCCAGGUCAACCAACGAACGCAGCAGCAAAGCCGACUCCAGUCAAAUAACGAACGAAUUGUAUGUGACCACAGCACACAUUCAUCUUUGAAAAUUUCAUAACUCGAAACCAGCAUUUGAAAGUGCCCUUGAACUAAGUAGUUGGAUGUUUAGUUCAAGGCGGGGAUCUUCAACAAUCUUGAACACAUGUUUGCUUUCGAAUUAAAUGCAGUCUUGUUUCUAAAAGAACGGUUCAACAACUUGGGUAAUAUUGCCCAGCAGAUAACUAAUCAGGAUUAUGAUUACCAUUAAUAAUUAUUUCAAAGUAUGUUUUAGGGAUAUGGCUAAAAGUCAGUAAAAUAAACUAUGAUAAAAUAAA